UAAGUGGUUAUGACAUUGAUUUAUUUCAUCACUGGAGUAAUAUGCAGUUAAGAUAAUCAGGAUAAAUCACUAGCAAAUGUAACCUAUUUAUGCAUCAGUGUGGGGCAAGGAAAAUAAUUAAAACAAUUUACAAACUGUAACAACAGUCUGUAAUGUUAGUUUGAGCCAUUUUUUCAUGUAUGUUAAAGUAAACACAAAAGCGUAACUGAAAGCAACGCCCUGUUGACUCUCACAGUUACACACAUUUACAGCCUUAAGCUGUGACCCAGUCUGAUCUAGCCAACUGGAGCAGUUGAAAGUUGAGGACAUGAUCGUUUUCAGUUCAGCUUAACACGGCUGUAGCUGAACACACCUUAUCUCAGGUAGCCAGGGUCAAAGUAUUUUUAUUGAGGACUUUGACCGUGCAGCGUACUUUACUGCAGUGAGGCGAUCGUUGAGGCACAGAACAGAAUUCCAGGAUGCUUCACCUGAAGAAGAGGCUGUCUAAAACUGGGCUCACUCCUUUCAGUGUUUUGAUUUUUUAUCACAUUGCUGUUCUACUUCUUCUAACACACUGCUGUGGAGGUCAGUUUCAGGUAGUUGGUCCAUUGCAGCCAGUAAUUGUAAAGCUUGGUGAAGACGUUAUUUUGCCGUGCCAUCUGAAACCGCCUGGAGAUGCUGCUGGUAUGACAUUUGAGUGGGCGAGACCUGACCUGAACCCCAGAUUUGUUCAUGUGUGGCAUGAACGUCAAGACCUUCAUGUUAACCAGCAUCCGUCCUACAAAGGAAGAACAUCAGUGUCCAUCAAUGGACUGAAGCAGGGAGACGUUUCACUGGCACUCUCCAAAGUCAAAAUCUCUGAUAAUGGAAUAUACAGAUGUUACUUUCCAGAUGUAGAUAAAGCCUCUACUGUUCAGCUUGUUGUUGGGAUUGAUUCCUCAGCGAUCAUCAGUUUAGCAGGGCUCGACAGAUCCUCCAGUGGAGUGGUUCUGCAGUGUGAGUCUAAAGGCUGGUAUCCAGAGCCUGAGGUGGUCUGGCUGGACGGUGAGGGAAACCUCCUCUCUGCUGGACCUACAGAGACAGUCAGAGGUCCUGAUGACCUCUAUACUGUCAGCAGCAGAGUGACUGUGGAGAAGAGACACAGCAACAACUUCACCUGUAGAGUCCAACAGAAGGACAUCAACCAGACCAGAGAGACACACAUCUAUGUUCCAGAUGAUUUCUUCGUGGCCCCGGCCAGCUCUGCUGCUUGUAUCAGCAUCAGUUUGGUUGCUUGCUUCACAUGUGUUCUUGCAGUUGUCUUUGCUGUAUGGAAAUGGAGGCAAAACAAAACCAAAACCAGUAUGACUGCACUAAGAGAAAAGGAGCAGCUUAUGGCAGAGAGUAAGAAAGGGAAGGACAUUGAGAAGAAAAUGGAAGAAGAAUUAAAGAGGAAAGAGGAACAACAUAAAGACAUGGUUGCUACACUGAUGACACAAAAGGAGAACCUGAAGAAACAGAGAGAUCAACUGAAGGAGCAAAAGGUGAAGGUAGAAGAACAGGUGGAGGAAAACGAGAAGAAACUUCAGUCAAUGGAGAAAGAUAUAACAGAGAAGGAUGAAAAUAAAAGACUCACCAGUGCACCAGCAUACCGAAAUCUGAAAGAAUUAACUAUUAAAUACAAAUGGGAGCUGAAUGGCUCACUGAAGGUAUUUGAUGAACUGUUACUGGACACAGAGAAACUAUUAGAGAAGACAGAGAGUGUGAUUGGUAGAACAACGGAAAAUAAGAAGGAAGCAGAGAACCACAUGGAUGAACACUAAUGUGAAGUUUUAACACUAAAUACUCCAUUUUAAAAUGCUAAGUAAAAACAUAAACGAAAGAAAGAAAGAUGAUCAGCAUAGAACUGCAACUAAGUGCAGUAUUCCAUUUGUUUGUGAAAGUAAGAACCUGUGUCAGUUUCAUAUUUCUGUAUGUUUUAUCUAGUCUUUUUUAAAAGUACUGUGUCAUAUAUUUCUUAUAUUAUUUACUAUAUUCCUUCACCGUAUGUCACAAUAACAGCUUCUUUUAAACAACAACAGUUCUGUUUAGUGUACAUGCUUGAAGUAUAAUAAACUGUUGAACUUUCUGAUAA